AUGUCCGGGAUUAAUCUUCUGAGAUCGUUCGUCAUCGAGCGACUAACAGCAGCAGCUGAGGAGAUAUUAGGAGCUUUCGAGAGGACGAUAGCGGAGCACGAGGAAGAGAUCGCGCGACAGAGGAGCCUGCUGGACAUGGUGUUGAAGCCCAGGAUCACGUUACACAGAAUAGACUAUGUACAGUUAUCUGAUCAGCAGCAUGGUGAGCAGGAGAGGAGCCCCAGUCUGGCCAAGGAGGAAGAACAGGAAUUCUGGAUCAGUCCACAGGAAGACCAACUUCCAUUGCAGGAGGUAGCUGAUACCUCUGAGUCCAUAUUUACCUCUCUUUGUGAUGGAAAUGAUAAUGGUAAAGAUCAGCCUCUGUCCUCACAACUCUACCAAACCCAGACAGAGGGAGACACAGAGCCCCCAGCUGUCCCCUUAUUUGAACUGAUACAACUGGAUGACAAAGAAGACAACUUUCUGAUAUCAGAACCAACAAGUGACCACCAUAUCGUCUCUAAUUGCUGUCAUGUAACUAAGAGUGAAGCUGACCAUACUUGCAGUCACCAAAACAGUGAUGAAGUGGAUUCAACCCAGAAAGCAAGGCUGAAACCUCAGAAAAAGCCCCACAACAAGUGCAAGAUUUGUGGGAAAGUGCUUUAUAAUUUGGAAAUUUUCAAAAUUCACAUGACAUUUCACACAGGUGAAAAGCCUUUCAAAUGCACCACUUGUGGGAGAGAUUUUACCUGGAAAAAUAACAUGGAGAGGCAUACAAGGACUCAUGCAGGGGAGAAGCCAUUCAGAUGCACCACGUGUGGGAAAAUGUUUACCCAGAAGUCACAUUUACAAACGCACGUAAGAACUCAUGCAGGGGAGAGGCCAUUCAGAUGCACCACGUGUGGGAAAAUGUUUACCCAGAAGUCAUAUUUACAAAGGCACAUAAGGACUCAUACAGGGGAGAAGCCAUUCAGAUGCACCACGUGUGGGAAAAUGUUUACCCAGAAGUCACAUUUACAAACGCACGUAAGGACUCAUACAGGAGAGAAGCCAUUCAGAUGCACCAUGUGUGGGAAACUGUUUACCCAGAAGUCAAGUUUACAAAUGCAUGUAAGGACUCAUGCAGGGGAGAAGCCAUUCAAAUGCUCCACGUGCGGGAAAAUGUUUACCCACAAGUCAAAUUUACAAAGGCACGUAAGGACUCACACGGGGGAGAAGCCCUUCAGAUGUACCACGUGUGGGAAAAUGUUUACCCAGAAGUCAAAUUUUCAAACGCACGUAAGGACUCAUACAGGGGAGAAGCCAUUCAGAUGCACCACGUGUGGGAAAAUGUUUACCCAGAAGUCAAGUUUUCAAAGGCAUGUAAGGACUCAUACAGGGGAGAAGCCAUUCAGGUGCUGCGAUUGUGGAAAUGGGUUCAGCUCAAAAUGGCAUCUCAAGCAACAUGUCAGGAUCCACACAGGUGAGAGACCUCACAGGUGA